AAAAGGCAAAGAAGUACCACGAUGGUUUUCUGAAACUUGUGGUUUCUGGAUCCAAUAGUAGACAGGUAAUGCUGUUUGAUGCAAGCAAGAAACUUCUAGAUAGCAAAUUCCUCAAGAAAGAUGACAUAAUUAAACCAGGCGAAUCACUUGCAUUUGAUGCAUAUUUGGUUGACAUUGGUGAUAAUCAAGGAAAUAAUGACCCAGAAUCCAAUGAUCAAGGUGAAAAAAGCACAGAUACUGAGGAAAUCAGGAAGAUGCACCGGCAGCAAUCUUGUCAUUACACCCAUGUAACUGCAAGAAAAAGCGAGUGGCUGGUGUUAUAUUCAACGAGGUCCAAUAAAAAAUCCAAGACUUACCACGAUGGUUUCUUGCAACUUGAAAUUUUUGGAUCUCGGGGGAGACAGGUUGUCCUGUGUGAUUUGAACAAAACACCAAUAGAGCGCCGGUUCUUGAAGAAAGAUGAAGUUAUAAGGCCUGGUGAAUCAAUAUACUUCGAUGGCCAUUUUGUCGAUGUACGAGAUCCCAAAGAAAGCCAUCAAUGUCCAAUGAAUUCUGAUGAGAAAGGAACUGGGGAUAAUUUUGGUCAGAGGAAACAAGGAUACGAACAAAACGGCUAUCUAAAGGCCAACCCAGUUGUCGUCAAAGUGGAGCCUAACAGUAAAGCUUAUUUAGCAAAAGAAGCAAAUUCGAACUCCCUCUGCUCUGGGUCAGACGUGAUCGAAUCAAGCAGGAUAGUCCCACAAAUCAAGCCUUUACGUGACACCCAUCAAAUACUGUCUCUUCUACAAAAGCGUCCGGCUCCGAAGAGCAAAAUUACAGGUAGUGGACCAACAAUUGCCUCAGCACACAGUCACAAUUCAUCUGAAAAUUUUCGAGACAGGGAAUCCAUUGAGACUGUGGAGUCUUCCAAAGGCAAGUGA